ACAUACAUUUCCUCCAUGAAACAUUGCUCUCUUUCUUCUUUCUCUCUCUCCCCCUGCAUUUAUACGCAUAAUCAUUCCGUUCUCUCCCAUACAGCUUCUCCAUAUCUUGCUACUGCUCCUAUGGCUCUCCUCCUCUUGCUACUUCUCACUGUUAUGCUCCCUUCAUCAAGCUAUGCUCAAUGGCCACCUUCUCCUGGCUAUUGGCCAAGUUCUAGGUUCAGAUCAAUGAGCUUUUAUCAAGGGUAUAGAAACCUCUGGGGUUACACACAUCAAAGAGUAGACCAAAAUGCAUUAACAAUCUGGCUAGAUAAUACCUCAGGAAGUGGAUUCAAAUCUGUUAAACCAUUUCGAUCUGGGUACUUUGGUGCCUCCAUUAAGGUCCAACCUGGAUACACUGCAGGAGUUAUAACGGCUUUCUAUCUUUCAAACAAUGAAGCUCACCCUGGAUUCCAUGAUGAAGUGGACAUAGAAUUUCUUGGGACAACAUUUGGGAAGCCUUAUACAUUGCAGACCAAUGUUUACAUAAGAGGAAGUGGGGAUGGGAGAAUCAUUGGGAGAGAGAUGAAAUUUCAUUUGUGGUUUGAUCCAACCCAACAUUUUCACCAUUAUGCCAUUCUUUGGAGUCCCAAGGAGAUCAUAUUCCUUGUUGAUGAUGUGCCCAUAAGGAGGUACCCUAGGAAAAGUGCUGCAACUUUUCCACUGAGGCCAAUGUGGGUUUACGGUUCAAUAUGGGAUGCCUCUUCUUGGGCUACUGAAGAUGGGAAAUACAAAGCAGAUUAUAGGUACCAACCAUUUGUUGCAAGUUAUACCAAUUUUAAAGCAGCUGGUUGCUCAGCCUAUUCACCUGCCCGGUGCCGGCCAGUCUCCGCCUCUCCGUUCCGGUCCGGUGGACUUACAAGACAGCAAUAUAGAGCUAUGAGAUGGGUUCAACGUCACCAUAUGGUGUAUAAUUAUUGCAUGGACCCCAAGAGAGACCAUUCCUUAACACCUGAGUGCUGGCGUUAAAAGUGAAACUUGGAACACUAACUUGCCCAUGCAUAGAAAAAUAACUCAAAAAGAAAAUCAAGUUUUACUUGUUCGUGAUUUAUUUUCUUUCUUUUCUUUAUUUUUUUAUUUUCCCUUUCUUUUUGUCCUGAUGUUCUUUUAUUUAUGAAGGUUUGUCUUGAGAUGGGUCCUAGCUACUUGCAAGAAUUAUUAUGCAAAAGGUAGUUGAACAUCCAAGGCUCCCAAGAUGAUGAAAAUUGGGAAACUGUGUAAGAUUUUUCAUGUUAAUUUUUGCCAUGGUACUCUUAAUUACUAAACCUUAGCAGCUACAGAAACACAAAGAAUAUGAAGUUGCAGAGAGGCAAAGAAAUAAAUGAGAAAGGAAAUUGGGGUGAUGAAGCCACAAGGACAUGGGACCAUGGGGAUUAUUCAGUGUGCAUCUACGUUUCCGCUAUCAUUUCAUUUCUUUCUUUUUUUUAUUUGGAACUGAAUCAUUUCGUUUCUAAAUAAAGCAAAAGUUCUUUUGUUGUU